GCAGCAGUAAGAGAGGACAAGGGAGGGGAGUUGGUGUGUGGUGACUUGCUUCUGAAAAAGACGCAGCAGAAGAGAUGCUUCAUCCUAGCUGCACACAGCACCGCACCGGGCAAAGACCACUCUUCUCCAUGGCUAAUGUCAUACAACUCACCUUACUUCUCAUCUGCUGUGAUGGGAUGAACACAGAAACAUCCCCUUCCCCACAGUCUGAUCCUGGAAUUACAACACAGAAAGCUGUAUCCAAAGGUCAAAAUCAAGUCAUUAUUGAAGAGCUUGCAAUCCUGACACCCCAAAAAAUAGAGCUUUUAUGUAACCUAAUUGAUAUACCAAAUAACCCUCCAAACAUUACUGGCUAUUGGACUAAAGAUGGACAAGAAAUUGAAAACUCUGAAGAAUCUGUAAAUAGAAACAAUGAACAGUAUAUCCUUAAAAGGACUUUCAGUAUAGAGGCCAGAGACCUGGGAAACUAUUCCUGCAACUUCAGAGAAAAUGAGGCACAAGUUACAUUUGUUUUAGAUGUUCCGGCAAUAAAAGACACAAGAAACAAACCUGUAGUGAGCUACAUCGGAGAUUCAGUUGUACUUGAAUGUAAACUCAAACUGAAACACACACCAAACACUUGGAAUUGGUACAAGGCAAACGACACCGAAAAGGUCCUUAUCAAUGUUACUGCAAACCCUCAGAACUACAAGAUCGUUAUUAAUGGAAGUGAUACAAAACUGACUGUUCUGAAUCUGACUGAAGAAGAUUCUGGAAAGUACAUAUGCAGCGCUGAGUUUGAUAUCAAACCCAGGGAGUCUUACGUCAAGCUGAAGGUCUUGUCUUAUACUGAGCCUCUCAAACCCUUCAUUGCCAUAGUGGUUGAAGUCAUUGUCCUGGUCACGCUGAUUUUGCUUUGGGAAAAAUGCAACAAGCCACAACAGGACAACUCUUCUGCAGGAGAGAAUGAUGUCUGCUCAGAACAAACCAGCAAACUCGCUGGUGAUGAGAACAAUGGAGUGAACAACACAGCAAGACAAAGAAAACUGCAGCCCUGAUGUUUUCAUUUUAACAGA